AUGGGCCUGUAUGAGAAGGAUAGUAGAGGAGACUAUUACACUUGGUCCAACAAGCAACCUAGUGGAACCAUCUAUUCUAGAAUAGAUAGAGUAAUUGGUAAUCUAAACAAGCAUCAACAGAAUAUUGACACUACCCUUUGCAUUUUGGAGCCUGGGAUUUCUGAUCAUGCACUUUUAUGCUUUAAGGGGCCUGAGUUAUGUGAUUCUAGGAGAAAGCAGUUCAAGUGUAGACAGCUUGCAGUUAGCCUUCAAGGAUGGGACAAUAUGUUACAACAAGGGAAGUUUAAUUCUAAGAAGGUGUGCAUUGAGCUGAAAAAUCAUAGUCCUGAGGUUAGUUGGAAGAGUAUUUUCUUUAACAAUUUUGCUCGUCCGCAUGCGAAGUUUACUUUGUGGAUGGCAUGCCACAAUAAUCUUGCUACCAAAGAAAGGCUCCACAGGUUUUCCUUGAUUGAUAAUGACAUAUGUUGCUUUUGUAGUGAGCAGGAAUCGUUAAGUCAUUUGUUUUUUAAAUGUAGUAGUUUAGCUUCUGUUUGGCGCUAUGUGUUGCAAUGGAUCCAUUGUGAUCACCAACCCCAGAGGUGGAAUGAAGAGAUUAACUGGGUCAUUAAGUGUAGUAAGGAAAAAGGUCACAAAGUUAUUAUCCUUAAGGCGGCUUUUACGGAAACUGUAUAUGAAUUGUGA